GGCUCAUUAGUGAUGCGGUCUCCAGGCUCCGCUCGGUAGUCCCGGACCCGGAGCGGAGCUGGGGCUGCGGGCCGCUCAGCGGGGACGGCGGGCGGCGCCGCAGGAGGCGAUGGGGACGCGCGCUGCGUCCGGCUGCCCAGCUGAUAUCCCUGCUCCGCUGCUGUAGGGAGCGACGGCGGAGAAAAGAGACUCGCCACAGACCACCACCCCCGGGGAAACCUACUGGUGUCGGCUCCCUGCCGUCGUUCCUCGCGGACUUCCAGGGCGUGGAAGAGGAGCGAAGCCUGAGAGGAGCUCGGAGCAUGGGGACAGGGGCUGCGGAAAGCAGCCGCGGGGCGCGCCGGUGGCUCCCAUGGCUAGGACUCUGUUUCUGGGCGGCAGGGGCUGCGGCUGCCCGAGGAGCCGACAGUGGUGAAGUUCUUCCUGACUCCAUCCCAUCUGCCCCUGGUACGCUGCCUCAUUUCAUAGAGGAGCCUGAAGAUGCAUACAUCAUCAAGAGCAACCCAAUCGCACUCAGGUGCAAAGCAAGGCCAGCCAUGCAGAUAUUCUUCAAAUGCAAUGGGGAGUGGGUCCAUCAGAAUGAGCAUGUCUCUGAGGAGAGCCUGGAUGAGAGUUCAGGCCUGAAGGUCCGGGAAGUGUUUAUCAAUGUCACCAGGCAGCAGGUGGAGGACUUCCAUGGGCCAGAGGACUACUGGUGCCAGUGUGUAGCAUGGAGCCACCUGGGAACUUCCAAGAGUAGGAAAGCAUCUGUGCGCAUAGCAUAUUUGCGGAAAAACUUUGAACAAGAUCCACAAGGCAGGGAGGUUCCUAUUGAAGGCAUGAUUGUGCUGCAUUGCCGCCCGCCAGAGGGAGUCCCCGCAGCAGAGGUGGAAUGGCUGAAAAAUGAGGAGCCCAUUGACUCUGAACAGGAUGAGAACAUUGACACCAGGGCUGACCAUAACUUGAUCAUCAGACAGGCCCGGCUCUCAGACUCAGGAAAUUAUACCUGUAUGGCAGCUAACAUCGUGGCCAAGAGGAGGAGCCUCUCAGCAACCGUGGUAGUCUACGUGAAUGGAGGCUGGUCUUCCUGGACAGAGUGGUCAGCCUGCAAUGUUCGCUGUGGUAGAGGAUGGCAGAAACGUUCCCGGACCUGCACCAACCCCGCUCCUCUCAAUGGUGGGGCCUUUUGUGAGGGAAUGUCAGUGCAGAAAAUAACCUGCACUGCUCUUUGUCCUGUGGAUGGCAGCUGGGAAGUGUGGAGUGAAUGGUCAGUCUGCAGCCCAGAGUGCGAACAUCUUCGUAUCCGUGAGUGCACAGCUCCACCCCCAAGAAAUGGGGGCAAGUUCUGUGAAGGUCUCAGCCAGGAAUCUGAAAACUGCACGGAUGGUCUCUGCAUUCUAGAUAAAAAACCUCUUCAUGAAAUAAAACCCCAAAGAUGGAGUAGGAGAGGCAUUGAGAAUGCCAGCGACAUUGCUUUGUACUCGGGCUUGGGUGCAGCCGUUGUAGCCGUUGCGGUCCUGGUCAUUGGUGUCACCCUCUACAGACGGAGCCACAGUGACUAUGGAGUGGACGUCAUUGACUCUUCUGCAUUGACAGGUGGCUUCCAGACCUUCAACUUCAAAACAGUUCGUCAAGGAAAUUCUCUACUCCUGAAUCCUGCCAUGCAGCCAGAUCUGACUGUGAGCCGGACAUACAGUGGGCCCAUCUGCCUGCAGGAUCCACUGGACAAGGAGCUCAUGACAGAGUCCUCACUCUUCAAUCCUUUAUCUGACAUCAAAGUCAAAGUCCAGAGUUCAUUCAUGGUUUCCCUGGGAGUGUCUGAGAGAGCCGAGUACCAUGGCAAGAAUCACUCGGGGACUUUUCCCCAUGGAAACAACCGUGGAUUUAGUACAAUACAUCACAGAAACAAAACACCAUACAUCCAAAAUCUGUCAUCACUGCCGACAAGGACAGAGCUGAGGACAACUGGUGUCUUUGGCCAUUUAGGAGGGCGCUUAGUAAUGCCAAAUACAGGGGUGAGUCUACUCAUACCACAUGGUGCCAUCCCAGAGGAGAAUUCAUGGGAGAUUUAUAUGUCAAUCAACCAAGGUGAACCCAGCCUGCAGUCGGAUGGAGCUGAGGUCCUCCUGAGUCCUGAAGUCACCUGUGGGCCUCCAGAUAUGCUUGUCACAACUCCCUUUGCGCUGACCAUUCCUCACUGUGCAGACGUCAGUUCAGAGCACUGGAACAUCCACUUGAAGAAGAGGACCCAGCAGGGCAAAUGGGAGGAAGUGAUGUCGGUGGAGGAUGAGUCCACAUCCUGUUACUGCCUCUUGGAUCCCUUUGCCUGUCACGUGCUGCUUGAUAGCUUUGGAACGUAUGCCCUCACAGGAGAGCCAAUCACAGACUGUGCGGUAAAGCAACUCAAGGUGGCUGUGUUUGGCUGCAUGUCCUGUAACUCCUUGGAUUACAACCUGAGAGUUUACUGUGUGGACAAUACUCCUUGUGCAUUUCAGGAAGUGGUUUCUGAUGAACGGCACCAAGGCGGCCAGCUCCUGGAAGAACCAAAGCUGCUGCAUUUCAAAGGGAAUACAUUCAGCCUUCAGAUCUCUGUCCUUGACAUCCCUCCGUUCCUCUGGAGGAUCAAACCAUUCACUGCAUGCCAGGAAGUCCCCUUCUCCCGAGUGUGGAGCAGCAACCGGCAGCCCCUGCACUGUGCCUUCUCCCUAGAGCGCUACACUCCCACCACCACCCAGCUGUCCUGCAAAAUCUGCAUCCGGCAGCUCAAAGGCCAUGAACAGAUCCUCCAAGUGCAGACAUCCAUCCUAGAGAGUGAACGAGAAACCAUCACUUUCUUCGCACAAGAGGACAGUACUUUCCCUGCACAGACUGGCCCGAAAGCCUUCAAAAUCCCCUAUUCCAUCAGACAGAGGAUCUGCGCUACGUUUGAUACCCCCAAUGCCAAAGGCAAGGACUGGCAGAUGUUAGCACAGAAAAACAGCAUCAAUAGGAAUUUAUCAUAUUUUGCUACACAAAGCAGCCCCUCCGCUGUCAUUUUGAACCUCUGGGAAGCUCGUCAUCAACAGGAUGGGGAUCUUGACUCGCUCGCCUGUGCCCUUGAAGAGAUUGGGAGGACACACACAAAACUAUCAAACAUCACAGAGUCCCAGCUUGAUGAUGCUGACUUCAACUACAGCAGGCAAAAUGGACUCUAGUCGGUUUCUUCUCUUGAGGCAGCACUAGUGGCGGCCUGCUUCAGAGCAGUGACUUCAAGUGGGGAAGACAAGGCAGAUUUUUUGCCCAGGGGCAUUUAGGGGAACUCAGCCUUUAUUGAGAGUCAGUGAGAAUUUCUGGAUGAAGACAAUGAGUUUUAUGUAGGUAAAACAUGUUAACAGUGGGAGAAAAAGAGAGCCCUGCUAUUUCCUCUGAAUCCACACACGGGUAAACAAUGGAUAUGCUCCUCAGAUUUGGACUACUGAGGAUAAAGUGGAGGUAUAUGUAGAUACAAGUAGUUCUGAAAACCAGACACAUGACAAGAAAGCCGGGAAGGCAGAAUUAAGUGCAUGCUUGGAAACAGGUUUUUAAUGACUUGCCCCAUGGGGCCAUCUGAUUCUGAGACCAGAUUUUCAGAUUCCAACCAACUGGCAUCCGGGAGGUUGGACAUCAUGAUAAGACUAGCUUUCAGAAGUGAAACCAGAUUGCCAACCUAUUAGUAUGAUGUCAGCAAUGUCAGGGAGGACAUUUAGAAUUUAGAGUCUAAGUAUAUCACACCAGCACUUAUUAUAUGAGUCACUUAACAGAGAUAAGAUCAAGAAGGAAGAUAGACCUCAAAAUAGUUCUUGGUACCUCACCUUCAUCCCCCAAACACCCACCCCCAAGACAAAACUCAUUUCUCUCCUAUCCUGAAAGAUUGCAGUAUGGAGACAUUAAAGAACAUAGUUGCUCAUUUCAAUACAGAAACAUACUUCCCCUCACUCAACAGAGCAGGACAACCAACCUCUUUUCCCAGCAAAGCCACUCUAAUCUCAGAAUGCUUUUGCCAUACGGCUUACUCCAUGGAGUGGCGACAAAAGAGGCUAGACCAGGUCCAGGAAAAUAUAUAGACUGCAGAUGUUCCAGGCAUUGAGUAAGCGCUGAUCCUAGGAGACGGGUAUUUAGCCCAAGUUCUCCAACAUUUUCCACAUAAGAAAUGUGUUUUGCUGUGUUUUUUCCAUCCAGAUUCUGGAAAUCUUCUAUCCUUUUGUACUAUGCUGUCAUAGUAUGUCUCAAUAGGGCUUUAGGACAUCCUGCCAUUGUCUUUAGGAAACUUACCUGACAGCCUUUCUGACUAACACCUGAGUGAGUGAGUGAGUGAGUGAGUGAGUGAGUGAGUGAGUGAGUGAGUGAAUAAAUGCCUCCAAGGAAUAGAACCCUACCAUACUUUCCUAGGAACCACACACAUCAUUCAGAGAGACGUCCCUGCUCGACUGCCAAGCCUCACUAUGUAUACUUUCUCCUUAAUAGUGUUAAUUCAUAGCUUUCAUUUUAAGUUAAACACACACACACACACACACACACACACACACACUCACUCACACACACCAGUGGUAUUUUAGAGAAUUAAAAUCUGUAGAUUAUUCAUGAGCUCUCUAUCUUACACUUUACUACACUUUUAUAUUUGACUACAUCAUUCUGACCAAUAUCUGGAAAGACUGAAGAUGAACAGAUAGACUCUUCUUCUAGAGGAAAUUUUCAGGAACUGCCUACAAUGAGGACGACCCAAACCAAACACCCACAUUAACUUCCAGGCAGCUACUUAGUUUUUUUUUUUUUUUUUUUUUUGAGGAUGAUUACAUUUGAAAAAGCAUGAUCAGAAAUAGGAUAAAAGAGAACCCUUGGAAAUGAGGACAUGAUCAUGCUAUUGUUUUUAUAGAUCCUUUGUGUGGAAACAAAUGUUUGCAAUCUCUUCCCAAGUGGAAAUACCUAAAGACAGGUUGAAGUUUUAAUCCCGUGGAUCAGACAUUGAAGAACUCUUGAAUGUGUUAGCCAUUUUAUCUAACUAGCAUGUAAUAUAUCAGGUCCUCUAUAUCAUAUAGAAGGCUUUGCUGUGUGCAAGUCAAAAGAAACCAGGUUGCUUUGCUUAGGAAUCAAAGGCUUAUUCUAUCAAAAAAAUGAAUCAUCUUAGAACUGACAGACUUACUCAGAAUCCCAUAUCUGGAUCAGGAAAACACCCAGUAUUUCCCCAGUAUUCUCAACCUAUUUAUUCAUCCUUGUAAAGAAGAAAGAAAAAAAGCAUGUUGAAUCACUUGGCAUCACUGAUAAGAGUUUUUGAGAAAACUCUUGAGCUAUAAUCCAGAUAGAUGAUAAACUGAGCGGUAGGGUCAGAUACAGACAGAAUCUGCAUCCCUUGUUAGGUAAUAAACUAUUUGCAACACACUCUAGAGAGAACUUAUACUAACAUUGAUUUGGAAGAUUUUUGUUUUAAAUUUCCUACUCUAUCCAUUUCUCUUCUUUCCCUUCCAAUUGGCCUUAUAAUUGUUUAUAUGUUGUAUGAACCUACACACGUUCUUUGUAGAUUUUUUACAGCUUUUUUAUAAUAUAUAAACUGAUAAAAAAUUGUAAUUGUCCUGGCAUCUGCGUAGGUUAUUUUAAGGUGAGGUAACAGGAACAGCAUAAAGGUUGAUCCCGUGUGUCUGCAGUUUCCCCCAUUAGAUUCAGGUUUUGUGUUCUGUUUGUUUGAUUUUAUUUUUUGCCUAUAUUUAUAAGUGCACUUGAUCAUAAUAUCACAUGCAGUAAUAAGGGAGAUGUCAACAGAAGUCACCUCACAUCCCAGACCAUGGUUCAGUGAGGUUCACCUUGACUUUUUAUGUUUCCUUCUUUAUAUCUGUCUUAUUUCUGCUAGGAUGCUACAUAGGAUUUUAAAAUAAAUAUGUUACAUUCUGUGGUCUUUGAAUGCCAGGGUUGUGUAAUAUUUUACAAUGAAAUUUCAAAGAGAACCCUGGUCUGUGAGAUUUACAGAUCAAGGGAUUGUGUGUGUUCCGGGUGGGUCUGCAGGUCACAAGUCUUAGCUAACACUUGAACAUGCAAUGACUGACUGUAACCUUAAGCAUUUCCAUUGCUUUCACCUAUUACAGCACAAAUGCCCAUGUUGGAAGAGGUUUCCACAUUAUUCUGGGCACUAAAUUUGGAAGUAUCACAGUCAUAGUACAAGAUGAAACAAAAAUUAAAAGUGGCCUUAAAUACUUGGUAGUUUCCAUAAAAUUUUUACAAAAAUAACCUUACUCAAUGCCAAAUUUCUCAGUGCUUGGAGACAUUAAGUCUAAUAGUUACACUUUAAACAUGAGUUUAAAUUUUGCCACCAAAAUGGUAAGAUCCACAGCUUUGCAAGACUACAGCAUCAUUACGUAAAUUUACAGUCUUUACAACUUCACAUACACAGUCUUAGUAGUUUACAUUUACAUUCUUUAAUCCAAAAGGAAACUUGUUCUGUGGAUUUAAAUGCGACCUUCAUUCACCAGUGCAGACAGACUCAUAAAACUCAGA